AUGCCCAACUCACAUCUGCAGAUGAAUGCUGAGCAAACCAGACCCUGGAAGAACCGAAGCACAGUGGAAGAGUUCAUCUUGUUGGGAUUCCAAGAACACAGUAUCUUCCUCUUUCUCACCUUUCUGGGCAUCUAUUUGGCUAUUUUGUUGGGCAACGGACUGAUUGUGGUGGUGACAACGUGGGACUCUGCCUUGCACACCCCCAUGUACUUUUUUCUGCGCAGCCUCUCAGGACUGGAGAUGUGUUACACCUCAGUCACCCUUCCUAAGAUGAUGGCUAACCUGCUCUCAGGGGACCUCUCCAUCUCCUUCCCAGCCUGUGCUACACAGAUGUUCUUCAUCCUCUUUCUAGGGGGCACAGAAUGCUUCCUGUUGGCAGCCAUGGCUUAUGACCGCUAUCUCGCCAUCUGCCUUCCUCUCCACUACAUGAGACUCAUGAGCCGUAAGGUGAGCGUAGGGCUGGUGGCCAGCUCCUUUGCCAUCAGCCUCCCUAUGCAGCUGCUACAAGUUGGGCUGAUCUUCUCCUUGCCUUUCUGUGGACCCAAGAUUGACCACUUCUUCUGUGACAUCCCAGUGGUACUCAGCUUGGCGUGUGCUGACCUAUAUGCCAAUGAGGUGGCUGUGUAUACAGAAAACAUCCUUUUUGUUAUUGUGCCCUUUGUGCUUAUCUUGACUUCUUAUGCAUACAUCACCAGAACCAUUCUGCGCAUGCCAGCAGGCACUGGCCAGCAGAAGGCCUUUUCUACCUGCUCAUCCCACCUCACGGUGGUCAGUCUCUUCUAUGGAUCGGCGAUGCUUGUUUAUCUUCAUCCACAAACCCCUGAUUCUGUGAAGUCUGACAAAGUCCUCUCCCUGCUAUACACAGUUAUUAUUCCUCUGUGCAACCCUUUAAUCUAUACUCUGAGGAACAGGGAGGUGAAAUCCAGCCUUAGUAGAUUGAUGGGCAGGAAGAAACGAUCUGAGGUGAGCACAGGAUGA